AUUGACUGGCCAGCUGGCUGAGGAAUCGCCUGGUCCCGGUUGCUGGCAGGUGGCGGAGCCCACUUGGGCGGCGGCAGCGGCGGCAGCGGCGACGGCCCGGCUCGGGAGGCGCUCCUCGGGCCAAGGCCAUGGCCCCACGGCUGCAGCUGGAGAAGGCGGCCUGGCGCUGGGCGGAGACGGUGCGGCCCGAGGAGGUGUCGCAGGAGCACAUCGAGACCGCCUACCGCAUCUGGCUGGAGCCCUGCAUCCGCGGCGUGUGCAGACGAAACUGCAAAGGAAAUCCGAAUUGCUUGGUAGGGAUUGGUGAGCAUAUUUGGUUAGGAGAAAUAGAUGAGAAUAGUUUUCAUAACAUUGAUGAUCCCAACUGUGAGAGGAGAAAAAAGAACUCAUUUGUGGGCCUCACUAACCUUGGCGCUACUUGUUAUGUCAACACAUUUCUUCAAGUGUGGUUCCUCAAUUUGGAGCUUCGGCAGGCACUAUACUUAUGUCCAAGUACCUGUAGCGACUACAUGAUGGGAGAUGGUAUCCAGGAAGAGAAAGAUUAUGAGCCUCAGACAAUUUGUGAGCAUCUCCAGUACUUGUUUGCCUUGUUGCAAAACAGUAAUAGGCGGUACAUUGAUCCAUCAGGAUUUGUUAAAGCCUUGGGCUUGGACACAGGGCAACAGCAGGAUGCCCAAGAAUUUUCAAAGCUGUUUAUGUCUUUGUUGGAAGAUACUUUGUCUAAACAAAAAAAUCCAGAUGUGCGGAACAUUGUCCAACAGCAGUUCUGUGGAGAAUAUGCUUACGUAACCGUUUGCAAUCAAUGUGGCAGAGAGUCUAAGCUUUUAUCAAAGUUUUAUGAACUGGAGUUAAAUAUCCAAGGCCACAAGCAAUUAACAGAUUGCAUCUCAGAAUUUUUGAAGGAAGAAAAAUUAGAAGGAGACAAUCGAUACUUUUGUGAAAACUGUCAAAGUAAACAGAAUGCAACAAGGAAGAUCAGACUCCUUAGCCUUCCCUGUACCUUGAACUUACAGCUGAUGCGUUUUGUCUUUGACAGGCAAACUGGACAUAAGAAAAAACUGAAUACGUACAUCGGCUUCUCAGAAAUUUUGGAUAUGGAGCCUUAUGUGGAACAUAAAGGUGGGUCCUAUGUGUAUGAACUCAGUGCAGUCCUCAUACACAGAGGAGUGAGUGCUUAUUCUGGCCACUACAUUGCCCAUGUGAAAGAUCCACAGUCCGGUGAAUGGUAUAAGUUUAAUGACGAAGACAUAGAAAAGAUGGAAGGGAAGAAAUUACAACUAGGGAUUGAGGAAGAUCUAGCAGAGCCUUCUAAGUCCCAGACACGUAAACCCAAGUGUGGCAAAGGAACUCAUUGCUCUCGAAAUGCGUACAUGUUGGUGUAUAGAUUACAAACUCAAGAAAAACCUAACACAACUGUUCAGGUACCAGCCUUUCUUCAAGAGCUGGUAGAUCGGGAUAAUUCCAAGUUUGAAGAGUGGUGUAUUGAAAUGGCCGAGAUGCGCAAGCAAAGUGUGGACAAAGGAAAAGCAAAACAUGAAGAGGUUAAGGAGCUGUACCAAAGGUUACCUGCUGGAGCUGAGCCCUAUGAGUUUGUGUCUCUGGAGUGGCUACAAAAGUGGUUGGAUGAAUCGACACCCACCAAGCCUAUCGAUAAUCAUGCCUGCCUGUGUUCCCAUGACAAGCUUCAUCCUGACAAGAUCUCAAUUAUGAAGAGAAUAUCUGAAUAUGCAGCAGACAUUUUCUACAGUCGUUAUGGGGGAGGACCAAGACUUACUGUGAAAGCCCUGUGUAAGGAGUGUGUGGUAGAGCGCUGUCGUGUGUUGCGUCUCAAGAGCCAACUAAAUGAAGAUUAUAAAACUGUUAAUAAUCUACUAAAAGCAACAGUAAAGGGCAAUGAUGGAUUUUGGGUGGGGAAAUCCUCCCUGCGCAGUUGGCGCCAGCUCGCUCUUGAACAGUUAGAUGAACAAGAUGGUGAUGUAGACCAAAGCAACGGGAAAAUGAACGGCAACACAUUGAGUAAAGAUGAAUCAAAAGAAGAAAGGAAAGAAGAGGAGGAGGAAUUAAAUUUUAAUGAAGACAUUCUUUGUCCACAUGGGGAGUUAUGCAUAUCUGAAAAUGAAAGAAGACUUGUUUCUAAAGAGGCUUGGAGCAAACUGCAGCAGUAUUUUCCAAAGGCUCCCGAGUUUCCAAGUUACAGAGAAUGCUGUUCACAGUGCAAGAUUUUAGAAAGAGAAGGGGAAGAAAAUGAAGCCUUACAUAAGAUGAUUGCAAAUGAGCAAAAGACUUCUCUUCCAAAUCUGUUUCAGGACAAGAACAGACCCUGUCUCAGUAACUGGCCAGAGGAAACGGAUGUCCUCUACAUUGUGUCACAAUUCUUCGUAGAAGAAUGGCGUAAAUUUGUUAGAAAACCUACAAGAUGUAGUCCAGUGUCAUCGGUUGGAAACAGUGCUCUUCUGUGCCCCCAUGGGGGACUCAUGUUUACAUUUGCUUCCAUGACCAAAGAAGAUUCUAAACUUAUAGCUCUCAUAUGGCCCAGUGAGUGGCAGAUGAUACAAAAGCUCUUUGUCGUGGAUCAUGUAAUUAAAAUCAUAAGAACUGAAGUGGGAGAUGUAAACCCUUCAGAAACACAGUAUAUUUCUGAACCAAAACUCUGUCCAGAAUGCAGAGAGGGCUUAUUGUGUCAACAGCAGAGGGACCUACGUGAAUAUACUCAAGCCACCAUCUAUGUCCAUAAAGUUGUGGAUAACAAAAAGGUGAUGAAGGAUUCAGCUCCAGAGCUGAAUGUGAGUAGUUCCGAAACAGAGGAGGAUAAGGAAGAAGCUAAACCAGAUGGAGAAAAAGAUCCAGAUUUUAAUCAAAGCAAUGGAGGAACAAAGCGACAAAAGAUCACCCAUCAAAAUUAUAUAGCCUAUCAAAAGCAAGUUAUUCGGCGCAGUAUGCGACAUAGAAAAGUUCGGGGUGAGAAAGCACUUCUUGUUUCUGCUAAUCAAACGUUAAAAGAAUUGAAAAUUCAGAUCAUGCAUGCCUUUUCAGUUGCUCCUUUUGACCAGAAUCUGUCAAUUGAUGGAAAGAUUUUAAGUGAUGACUGUGCCACUCUCGGAACCCUUGGUGUCAUUCCUGAAUCUGUCAUUUUGUUAAAGGCUGAUGAGCCAAUUGCGGAUUAUGCCGCAAUGGAUGACGUCAUGCAAGUAUGUAUGCCGGAAGAAGGGUUUAAAGGUACUGGUCUACUUGGACAUUAAUCUCUUGAACAAUUGCUGACUGCUAAAGAAAUGACCAGAAGGGAAGAGAGGAGUUUGGCAUGUUAGGGCAUUAACAAUAACGAAAAGGUGGAUUUAAGAAUCAAACCAUUCUAUGACUCUUCCAAAAAGGCGGAGAACUAUUUCCGAAGUGACUGUCCCAAAUGCCUUAUGUCAAAUAAAGCAGAUUGCACUGAAGGACACCAGACUUGAAGGAAAUGUUUCAAAUUUUAUAUUUAAGGGAGGGUGGUGGGCGGGAGGGGGGCAAGUGAAGAUGGAACCAGUUUAGUAGCAGUAACCGUAAAUCAUGUUUACAUACGAGAUUUAUAGUCACGGGAGGGAAUAAAGUUCUGUUAUAUUUCCUUGCUCGAGUUUCAUACCAGAUGCAUUGGUCCAUAAAGGAUUUGUAUCACAGUAGAUGGGACAACAUUCUGCUCUGAACUAAAAAGUAAUUCUUAGAGACAUAACCUGCUUACCAAUACCUGUCUUUGAUUCAUAUUUUACUUUCAAUAAAGCAUGAAAGUGAAGAACUUGC